UAUUUUAUUUAAAAUUGUGUACGGUGGUUUUUGAUAUGUUUUUGCCUGAAUUGAAUAUUGUAUUGUCUAUUUAUUGUUACAAAAAAGAAAAGCUACACAAGCAGAGAGAGAAGCGCAAGAGAGGAGGACGCGCCAUAUAAUAAAGAUCUGUUUGUUAACAGAUAUUUCGGUGUGUGUUGUUUCGCCUCAGCAGCAUGGCUGUGGUCAUCCGCUUGCAGGGUCUCCCGAUAGUGGCGGGGACCAUGGACAUACGCCAUUUCUUCUCUGGAUUGACCAUCCCGGAUGGUGGGGUGCAUAUUGUAGGGGGUGAACAUGGUGAGGCUUUUAUUGUUUCCGCCACAGAUGAAGAUGCCAGGCUUGGCAUGAUGCGUACAGGGGGAGCAAUCAAAGGUUCAAAAGUGUCACUUUUGCUGAGCAGCAAGACCGAGAUGCAGAAUAUGAUUGAGCUUAGCCGCAGGCGUUUUGAAACUGGCAAUGUAGGGGGAGGAGCAGGAAAUGGUAGCAGGCCAGGUCCCCCCGUCAACACAUGUGGGAGGGGCAGUUUACCCAACACUUUAAAAGGGUUCAGCAACACCAGACCAGCCACCGUCACCACAGCUGCCUCUGCACAUGAAACCAUAAGCAACAAAAAUGUGUCCACGUUUGCCACCACUAGCAUGGGAAACAUGCCCCCCAGUUUCAGCAACAACUUCAGCAGCCCAAAUCUCACCAUGGAAUCCAGUAUGAGAACAGCCAUGUCCUCCCUCAACUCUGUACCACCACCUAUCCACCCUUUGAAAACCAUGCCAUCCCUGCCACCCAUGCCUUCCAUACCCCCCAUGCCACUUCCACCACCAGUGUCCUCUGUGCCUCCUGUUCCCACUGUUUCACCUUUAACCCAAGGCCCCCCUGUCCUUCCCAUGAGUCUGUCCCACAUGGGCUCAAUGCCACCAUUCAACCCAGGUGUCCCACCCCCUAGUGGACUGGCCCCAAAUCACAUGUUUGUUGACCAUAUGAACCCUCUGUUAAAUCUCCAGGCACAGAUGAAGGCAGCAAUAGGUAAUUCAGAUGAGUUAUAUGUCCACCUUCAAGGGCUGCCCUUCUCAGCUAGUGAAAUGGAUAUUAGGGAGUUUUUCUGUGGGUUAGGGGUGGACUCCAUCCGACUGGUCAGGGACAACUUUGGCCGGAGUUGCGGCAGGGCACUGGCCAAGUUCUUUUCCCCUCAGGACACUUUUGACGCGCUCAAAAGAAGCAGCGGAAUGUUAAGGCAGAGGUUCGUGGACAUCUCUCCGGCCACAGAGAGCCAGUGGAUGAGCGUCAGCAGUGAUGGCAACGGGGUUGGAGGGCAAGCCCACUCAAAAUCCAGUAAUGUUCCCCAAGACCACCACCGCCGCAGCAACAUGAGUUCAGCGUCUCCUUCAACCAGAGAUCAUGCAAGGUCUCGCUCCCCUCACAACAAGGAGUUCUGUGUUUACCUAAAAGGCCUGCCCUACGAAGCAGUAAAUAAACAGAUCUGUGAGUUCUUCAAAAACCUGGACAUUAAGGAAGACCGCAUUUACAUUGCUUAUGGACCCACUGGCCGAGCUAUAGGUGAGGGCUUUGUCCAGUUAAAAAAUGAAAUUGAUUACAAGGUUGCCCUCAGCUGUCACAUGCAGUAUAUGGGAAGCCGAUUCAUACAAGUUCACCCCAUCAGUAAGAAAGCUAUGUUUGAAAAGAUUGAUUCCAUUCGUCAAAGGAUGCAGGGUGUUGAUAAGAAAAACUCUGAAUCAGGCAAGAGCCCUAGAAACUGUGCACACAUCUCAAAUAUUCCAUAUAAUGUGUCAAAGGAAGAUGUCCAUCUGUUUCUGGAAGGCAUUGCGAUAGUUGAAGAAAGUCUUAAAGUUCUGGUUGACAGCAGUGGUAAAGGUCUAGGUCAGGCUGUUGUGCAGCUCAGGGUAGAGGAGGAUGCGCUAAAUGCUGAGAGACUACACAGGCAGAAGUUAAAUGGCAGAAAUGCCUUUGUGCAUUUGGUCACCUUUGAGCAGAUGAAGGAAAUCGAGAGAAACCCACCACAGGUUAAGAGAGGCCAGAAAUUUGAAGGGAACUCUCAAGGCCAGGCACACGGCCAUGCUCAGGCACAGAAUCCUAUUCAAGCCCAAGCUCACCCCUUUGCCGGUAUAACAGGAGAAGAGUUGAACUUCAUCAGAAACACUGUUGGCAAUUUAGGCAAUGGUCCUUUUCCUCAAUUUACUGUCCCAGGUAAUGGACUAGUGGGCCCUCCUCCACCCCCAUUUGCAGCAAGUCCAGAGAAUGUAGCCCUUAGCAUUCCCCCACCCAUGGUUGCCGGUCACUUGCCUGGAGCAGUUCCGACACCCCCAAGCUUCCGACCAGGUAGCAACAAUGGCCCACCUGGCUUUGGACCAGAGGGCUUGAGGGGCAGGCCACCUUUUGACAACGGCUCUCGAAAGAGCGGAGGCCAUAACAACCGAGGAAGUGGCCAAGGGCGUUCAGAAGUGCGCCCUCAGUCAACCAGAGGCCCUGGUAACCAUCGUGGACCAACCAUUGUAAAGAUCCAAAACAUGCCUUUCACCGUAACAGUCGAUGAGAUCCUAGAUUUCUUUCAUGGGUAUCAAGUGCUGCCUGGUUCAGUCUGUCAGCAGUUCAGUGAAAAGGGCCUGCCCACUGGUGAGGCAAUGGUUGCCUUUGAGUCACACGAGGAGGCAUCAUCUGCUGUCAUGGAUUUAAAUGAUAGGCCUAUUGGGGCUAGGAAAGUGAAAAUAACCCUAGGAUAAGACUCCAAUGUUCCCCUCUACCAAUAAUGAUUAAGUGACACAUCUGGUUUCAUUAAUGCAAAAGUAAGAACUUGCAUUUAGGAUUUAGCAUUUAAGCUCCCAACUAUCUUUAGCUCCUUUACCAAAGUUAUCAAGUUGUUAGUAGCGUAAGAAUAAAAUGGCACGCUGCUAUAUUGAUUUGAUGUAUAAUAUGAUAACUAAAGUGGGAUGUUUGGAUUUUCAAAAUGGCAAAAAGCCAACUGUUGCCAUGUUGAUGUAGCUUGAGUCCAAUCAUAUUUAGAGUAAGAGCCUUGAACGAUAUGGUUGGAUUAAGAGGAUAGUCUUAUUGCUGUGCUGAGAUGUCACUUUCACUUGGAAGCAUGUAUUAUUUUCAAAUUCCCUGACACGUUUUGUGUUCUUGUAUUUCUUCCAUAGAUUUAACAUUCUCUUUGUGAUGAUUUUCUAAAGGGGGUACUUGCCAAAUGCUGCAAUGCAUGGUGUUAGUACAGAGAACACUCAUUGUGUCAUGGUUAAAGCAUUUGCUUAUUUGCUCUUUGCUGUUUUUCACUGUUAGUAAAUGCAAAUCUCAAUGUUGUUGCUAGCUAUGUUAUAUGAUAAAUUGUACUGCUUGUUCCUGAGAAAAAAGAUGUUGAACAUUGCAUUUGGUUUAAUGGUCUGCAGAGCUCUUUAGAACUUUUUGUAUCUGCCAACGUCCCCCUGCGAUAUACUCUUUUUGAAUUUGAGCUGUUUUGCAAAGAUGUAAAUACUAUUUGGAAUGUUUUAGUUUUGUAGUGUUGUCUAACAAGAGACACUUAAGUUUUAUAUUUUUGGGGACGUUCCAGCUUAUUUCACAAGUGUGUAUAUACUGUUUAGCGUACACUUUUGUCAAUAAAAUGACAUUCCUGACAGAUUUACAAGCCA